UAGCAAACAUGACGAAGGUUCUCUUGACAGGUGGCUCCGGCUUCAUCGCCGCCCACAUUCUGGACCAGCUCCUCGCCAAAGGCCACAGCGUGGUAGCCACGGUCCGCACCGAGGAGAAAGCCUCCAAGAUCCGUGAAUCCUACCCCUCACAAACCGCGUCGGGCGACUUGAUCGUGGGGAUCGUGCCCGACAUCGCCCAGCCCGACGCCUUCGACGAGGUCGUCAAGACGCCCGGCUUGGAAGUCGUCCUGCACACCGCGUCGCCCUUCCACUUCAAAUGGACCGACCCCCACAAGGAACUGAUCGCGCCCGCGGUGGUGGGCACAACGUCGAUCCUGCGCGCCAUCGCCCGCGAUGCGCCGACCGUCCGGCGCGUCGUCGUGACAUCCUCGUUCGCGGCCAUCAUCGACGAAGCGCACGUCUCGGACCCCUCCACCACCUUCACGGAAGCCUCCUGGAACCCGGUGACACUCGACGACGUGCACCGCUCCCCCGCCACCGCCUACCGCGCCAGCAAGACUCUGGCCGAGCGCGCGGCAUGGGACUUUGUGCGGGACCCGAAGAACGAAACCAAGUUCGAUCUGGUGACCAUCAACCCGCCCAUGGUUUUCGGCCCCGUGGUGCACUACCUGUCGAGUCUCAACAGUAUCAAUACCAGCAACGAGCGGGUGGUGGAUUGCUUGAAGGGGAAGUGGAAGGAUGAGAUACCGAGUACGGGGCCGGCAGUGAUUUGGGUGGAUGUGAGGGACCUCGCGGCGGCGCAUAUCAAGGCUGGGUUGGAGAAGCCCGAGGUUGGGGGCAAGAGGUUGUUUGUUACUGCGGGGCUGUUUAGCAACGCUGAGUUGGCAAGGAUUGUGAGGAGGCGGUUUCCGGAAUAUGCGGAGCGGUUGCCAACGGAGGAGACCAAGGGCGGGGAGCUGCCUGUUGAGGGGGAGAGGUUUGGGUUUAAUAAUAGCGAGACGAACCGGUUGUUGGGGCUUGAGUACCGGUCGUUUGAGGAGUGUGUGGUAGAUUUGGUCAAGAAUCUGAAGGCGCUCGGUGCGUAGGUGUCGAGUACAGAAUAGGAUCGAGAUCAUAGAGAGGUUCCUUCAUUAGCGCGCCUCCAACUCCUUGAUCCUUUUCAACAGCCCCUCCUUCCACUCCGCAUACGCGUUCCUUC